GCAGGGCUCACGCUACGGUACGCCAUUUGUGUCUAGCAGCAAAAAGCGCGGACAGUGGAAAUAGUCGUAUAACAAGAGGAGUUUGAUGAUAGCGAUCAACUUCACUGUUAUACGCUCAUAGCAGGCUAUGAAAUGGAUAAAGCGUUGAUAUCGGGAAAGGAGGCUGUUGAGGACAAAGGUUGUGAUAAUGACACCAGUGGGAAGGUGCAGCCAGGUGACGUGGAAAUGGAGGAAACUAAAAGAGACUCACCCGGUGGGACCGCCAAGCCCAACGGAACAGAUGAGGAAGUCGCUGAGAGGCUGCGGCCUGACUCUGUACCAGAAGAUGGUGAUAACCUCUGCACAGUUUGUGGCUUCUCUGCCAAAUGUCCGAGAUCGCUGAAGAUCCACUCUUCAAGAAAGCAUGGAAAGAACUCAAAGAGUACCAAUAGAACUGCCAAGCCGGCCGAAGAAAAUGAAAAAGAGUCGGACGGGAGUCCAGCUGAAAACCAACAGGAAGUAGACAUGGAGACGGAGAGUGCUGCUGAAGUCAAACAAAACCAGGAGUCUGAUGUUGAUGAGCUGAGGUCAGCAGAUGACGACAGCGGAAUCCACACAAAUAGUUUCACUGAAAAGGAAACGGUAUUAGACAAACAGCAGGCAGAUCAAGAGGAGGCAGUCCCCACACAAGAGAGACGAGUUAGCAAGAGAACCCCAAAACCUAAGAUGAUACAUUCGUGCAACUACUGUGGACAAGAGUUUAGGGACAAGUCCCCUCUGGACGUGCAUAUCCAGAGAUACCACACCAAAGACACCCCAUUCACAUUUGAGGCUGGCGAGAACACGGGUGAAGACAAGGAAGCCGAGGACCCUGGCAGCACUCUGAAGGCCACCCCGACCAGAGUGGCCGCUAAACGUACGUUCAGCAGGUUCCAGCUGAAGUGUUCACACUGCGAUUUCAGGGUUAGCACCCCCGCGUUGCUUGAAAACCACACGAGGAUAAAACACCUUAACCAGGAGUGGUACCGCUGCAAAUUGUGUAACUUCCUCUCGGCCACGUCCGAGUGGAUGGACGCUCACCUGUCCUCGGACAGUCACAUGCGGCAGCAGAAAGGGGAGAAAAGCAGCGACUCCGCCUCCUUUGACGCCUACGUCGAGAGCGUAAGCAGAGACGGCGCUGGAGAGGGUGCUAAUGUGGACGAUAUGGUUCAGGUGGCCGCUGCUUCGACAGAGGGGCAGCAGGUAACCGAGGCAGCUUCCAUAGCUGCAUCGGUGGACGAGGAAGACUUAGAGCUCGAAACUCCCAGAAAGAAAAGAGGCAGACCAAAGCAAGGGUCCACGACCACUUGUGGAUACUGUGGCCUGGUGGUGUCCAACGCUACCAACCUCAGUGUCCACGUCCGCCGCAAACACAGCAAGGAGUACGGCUACAGCUGCACCCUGUGCAACUACAGCUGCGUGACCAAAGGGGACAUGGAUCGCCACUGUAUCACGAAGAAACAUGUCAGACGCGCACAAGAGUGCGCCAACAACAACCAGGCCAACAAUCACACAAGUGCGUCACCGGAGGAAGCCACAACUGGACAAGCACAGGAAGCGAAUGCAUCCCUGCAGAGCGCCGACAGAGAGCCGGAAUCUGACGACUCCGCCGCAAACGAACGCAGCGGAGAAGAGCAGCCGCAGUCGGACACGAGCCAGAGAAAAAGUAAAUAUGACUCCGUUAGCGCUUGCAGCUAUUGCGAUUUUGUAGCUCAGUCGAUCCCCUCGCUCCAUCUUCACGUCAAGAGAAAGCACACCAAAGAUUUUGAGUACGUCUGCCUUGCGUGUAGCUACUAUGCUGUAACCAGCAGGGAAAUGUCUCGCCAUGCCAUCACAGACAAGCACAAACAGAAAAGCCAGAAAUACCUGGAACCACGAGAGAGCGAGGAACAAAGAGCUGCGGCGCUCCCGUUGGAAGAGGCCGUUGAGCUCGCGGAGGCCAACCCUAACCCUGAAUGUGAACACCUGAGCCCCACAGAGGAGUCCGACUCUUCUUCUGAUGACAGCCAAGCUGCCGAAAGUCAGACUGCAGCCGCACCCACGGAGCCUGUUGAUGCUGCUGCUGCUGCAGUAGCUGGCAGUGCAGAUGACGAGAAGCAAGUAGAGAGUAUAGCAUCCUCCAGUAGUGGUGAACCGGAUCCAACCGACGCGACAACUGGACUCACGGAGCUGUGUGAACCCCAGGAGGCUCCAGCAGAACUUCAUCCCGCGGAGGAUCAGUCUGCACAGCCAGAGAGCCGGGAGGAAGGGGGACAGCCAGCAGACGAAGAACCCCUGAAUACAGACGAGAUGAUUUUAGACGCAAAAAGCGACGGCUCUCAUUCAGACACACAAAUGUCCAAAGCGCUUCCCUUCGAUGCCUGCAUCGUGUCCGUGAAGGCCCUCGCUGAGCAGGAGCAGCAGCAGCUGCAGGAAGGCCUGUCUCUGGAGGGCGAGGCCGCCGUCAUAUGUCUGACCGGGGGAUCGACGGUGCCCUCCGGCUUCCUGCCCCCCAACUCCGCGUACGUCAGGAAGCUCAGGCGCAAGAUGAUGAAGGUGAGCGACGAAGCCAAGCGAAGCAGCACCCGCAUCCGCUGCGAGGACUGCGGCUUCAUGGCCGACGGCAUCAGCGGCCUCAACGUCCACAUCUCCAUGAAGCACCCGUCCAAGGAGAAGCAUUUCCACUGCCUGGUGUGCGGCAAGUCGUUCUACACCGAGAGCAACCUGCACCAGCACCUGACCAGCGCCGCCCACCUGCGCAACGAGCGCAACAGCGUGGAGGCGCUGCCCGAGGGGGGCGCCAGCUUCAAGUGCGUGAAGUGCACCGACCGCUUCGGAACGGAGCAGGACCUGUUCGUCCACAUCAAGGAGAAGCACGAGGAGCUCCUGAGGGAGGUCAACAAGUACGUGUUGGAGGACACGGAGCAGAUCAACCGCGAGCGCGAGGAGAACCAGGGCAGCGUGUGCAAGUACUGUGGCAAGGUGUGCAAGAGCAGCAACUCCAUGGCCUUCCUGGCACACAUCCGCACACACACCGGAUCCAAGCCCUUCAUGUGCAAGAUCUGCAACUUUGCGACCGCCCAGCUGGGAGACGCCAGGAACCACGUGAAGAGACACCUCGGCAUGAGAGAGUACAAGUGCGACAUCUGUGGACCGACUCUGAAGAUAAAAGCAGAAAUCUGCGGCGGAGUGUGGGUGCUACUUGUAAGUAUGUUUGCUGUGCAUGUGUUGUAUGUCACGGACGUAAACAUCGCAUUAAAUCAAUUUAACGCUGAUCCGCAGUGAUCAGUUUUUAGAGCCGAUGUGCAGAAAUCUGGAGUGAGGCUUAAAGCUUAAUUGCGGAGUGGAGUUUGGUGUGCCAGGAGUCUCGGGGCGGGGGGGGGGGCUAUAACAUAUGUUACGUGCACUCGGUGCAGGACUCAGCAGUGAUAGUUAAACAUUGGGGUGAAAUGCAUCCUCCAAGGGCCUCUGUGUUAAUGUGUUUGGCUUGUACUGAACCCAGCCCCUCAACAUUUAAAAGGACAGCGCUGUAAAACCACCGAGUGUUUUUGGAUGAUACAAAUUAUCAAGAAAAUAUCUAUACAUCUUUUUUUUUUUCUUUUUACAGUAAUAACAAUAAUUACCGUGGCUAAUAAUUAUGAUGCCGCUCUAAUAAACAAAUCCUUUUAAAAUUAGUGUACCACUUUAUAUUUCAAGUACAAUUUAGGAAAUGAAUGUUGGACUUCAUUUUUCUUUUAUUUAAAUUUGUACUAUUGCAAUUGGCCAUUCAAAUGAAUAGGAGACACCAUGUUGGAAAAUGUGUGUGCGUGUGUGUGUGUGUGUGUGUGUGUGUGUGUGUGUGUGUGUGUGAGAGAGAGACACAAAUGUUGCAGACUUGUUUUUGAUGCAGGUUUGGUGAGGUGACAAAAAACAUGCUAAAAGAAAAACCUAUAUUUAUAUUGCUAAUAUAUUUUAUAUAUAUAUGUUAUAAUACUUUUUUUUUCCUAUUAUAACAUCAAUGUAAAUGCUUUUUAAAAAUUCUAUAGAUAUGGAUGUUGCAGAAUUUUGCCACCAGUGUAGUAGACCGUUGUCAUACGUGGUGUAAUGUGAAGGCUCUCUUGUUAAAUGAAUCUCUCCUCUACUUUCAUAUUGACUCUCACAGUACAAGAUAACGAAACAUCCUCCCCCCCCCCCUUUGCAACCAAACACUACUAAUCUAAUAUAUUAGUCGCCCGUGCUCGUGUAUGGGUGAGCAAUUAUUCUAAAAAGUUUCCACACCGUGCCGAGGUGACAAAGGCAAUCCGGGCAGAGAGCGCUGCCGACACAUUUGACGGCUGCUCUGUGAUGCUGAUAGGCCAAACGGUGGUGGGAACCCGCCACUGUUAAUCAUGUGGUGGGUGACGGCUUUCAUAAGAGCACGCGGCCACUCUGACAACUCUAAUAAGGAGAGGUGACAGAGAAACUUUCUGUGUUAGUGGCAAAACAGAGGGGGAAGGUCUCCUUGGUUGUUGUUUUUUUAUGCGUGUGCUUUUUGUUGUUUUGUUUUCGGUUGAGUAUAAGAGACGAAUUUCACCAUCUGAGACUGGAUUUGUGGUGAAAGAAUGUCAGCAUUAAUAAAGGGCUUGGGGGACAAGGUCACGCGGGUCCCUGUACAGCAGAGCACCCCGAGUCUGUUUGUGGCUUCUGAGAUGGGCAACAACACGCUCAGACGUCUCCCCGUGCAUAAGGUAACCGACUGGAGUUCGGCCCGUCAAUGUCCCGCCGCACAGUCUAAUUUAUGAUUCUUCAGCCUUUUUUUUUAUUUUUUUUAUUCAAAGACAAUCUCGGCUCUGAAAAAAAAAAAAAAAAGGAACCAAAAGGAAUGAUGCUUUGAGGAUAUAAUUAAAGAUAUCGUUCAAAGAACAACUUUUUGCAUAUUUGAAUUAUUACUGUCGUUAAAAACCACACAAAAUAUGGAAAUAUGAUUGCCGGAAGCACAUAAAUCAAUGAUCAGCAAGGCCUCAGAGCCCAAUAAAUAUGGGGAGUUAAAUACUUUAAAAUGCAAAUCACAUCUUAGAAUUUGCAUAUGGAUGAAUUUAAAGGAAGUGUGCCUCUUUAAGACCCUCUGAGGUAGAAACGGGUGGAGCUGGAGGGGGUU